CAAAAGAUAUGCAGAGUAGUGUUGGUGGUGGCGGGGAUAUGUAUUGUGGUCGCACUGUGUGUUUAUCUUUGGUGGUACUUUACACAAAAGAAAAAAGAAGACAAUCCUUUGUCUUUGGGUGGACCCUAUUCAAGACAGGCAGUUGCUACGGACACUGACAAAUGCUCCGAAAUUGGCAAUAAUAUCCUGAAUGCAAACGGUUCGGCCGUAGACGCAGCCAUUGCCGCUAUGUUCUGUCUGAGAGUUAUAAACAUGCAGUCUUCUGGAGUUGGUGGCGGUGGAGUGAUGCCCGCAGCGACAACGUCUGAUAUGUUUCCACCAACCGAAUCAGGGAAAAACAUGUCCAAAUAUGGUAAGUGGUAUUUUUUUCUUUUUACGUUUUUGCCCCCGCAGCGAUUUCGCCCAGAAGGCGAAAUCCCGAGGAGGCAUCCUAGUAUAUAUAGAAAUUAAAGUACCUACAAUUGAAAUAUGCAGUCAGCAUACAGGAAAAAGAAAUCUUGAUUUGUUUGAUCAGGGUCCGCAUGUCUAUUUCCCUCUAUUGCAGUAAUAAUUCAGGUUAUCGUGGCGGAGAUCGAUGUCACCCAACAGCUACACGCGAAAGGGGUGCAUGGCAAAUUCAAGAGAUUAGAGCUGUGAGAGCUUGGCGCCUCCAAGACACGCUUUUCCCGCAGUUUGAUUGGAGUGCUUGCUCACAGUGUCGUGCUGGAAUUAUAAUAAAAGACGUUUUUGGAACUGAUGCACGUCAACCGGAAGUGAUGCCUUUUCCCUUUUAAUUUGACUUGACGCUACCAAAUGGGUCUUCUUGCUAAGUAUCUUUACUCUUGUUGAGACGAUUUGCUCUUGGAAAUCAUGCUUUGCGCGCGCAACCUACAGAUUAUUCACUAAUCUGUAGGUACAGAUUAGUGAAUAAUCUGUAGGUUGCGCUGUUUCCCAGAAUUAACUGUAGGCUUUUAUCCAAUGAGAAGAAAGAUGGUGACUACAAUGUAUAAUAACUUUGGUUAACGUUCAUCUCUCAGGAAAAACGUCCUUGCUUAAGCUGGUUGGUUUUCACAUGAUGUCAAUAAAAUUCAAACUACAAAACUAUCGAUCCUACUGAGAUUUUACUUUCAUGGUGUAUUAGAGCACCUGACAACUAAUUUUCGUACAAAUUUUCGCUUCAAAAGGGUUCAUGGUUUUGUGAUAGAGUACGCUUGAAUUUCUAAGCUUUUGCGUGACGUGGCAUUUACAUGACGGCCGAGAGAGCUGUCAUGUAAGUUAAAAAGGUGACGUAUUUCGGGGAAUUUUGCUAUCUUAACAGUUCAUGUAUUAGAAAAAGUAUUACUUUAAUGUUUAUGAGUCCCUCGAGGAAAAUAUUUACGCUUUUGUACCAAAACUCGGUAACAGAUGUUUUUGUUGGUUUCCGUCCGCCAUGUUGGUUUUCAUCCAGAUGGGCACCAGCAUGGCGUCUCCAUACAAAUCUCUAUAAAUUUGGGUAAAACAUUUUUUCGGAUAUCUCGUAUACGGAAUAUUCUUCUGACCUGAAUCUUGGUGGGGGUCUUUGUGUAUUUACCUUCUUUUAUUUCCCAGAUUCCGGACUUUAUCUAUUGAACGGUCUUUAUUAUCAUUAUUAUUAUUAUUAUUAUUAUUAUUUUUGAUCAAUUUUGUAUGGCGUGGCACUGAAAACCUAGCCUGCGUAGCAAGCGUUUCUGUGCGGUUUAGGAGCAAAGAACGAAGAACAAGAGUCACUCGUUUCAUUUCUCGCGCGGCCAGUGCCAAGAAUCCCGUUCCUCGACCUCGGUCUUUCUUUGCUCCCAAACCAAACGGAAACGCUUGCUACGCAGGCUACCGAAAACCUUCAAUCGUUUUCUUCUAGGCGGUCUUGCCAUCGCUGUUCCCGGAGAGGUUAACGGCCUAUACCGAGCUUGGAAGGAAUACGGUUGGUUACCUUGGAAAGAUCUGGUCCAACCUGCCAUUAACUUAGCCAGAGAAGGAUUUGAAAUAAGCACCGCAGUGGCCGAUGCCUUGAAUGACCAUAUGGUAGAGAGAAUAAAAAAGGAUCCGGGAUUAAGGUGAGCAAUAGCUAUCAUUUCAUCACAUUUUGUUUGUUUGUUUGUUUUUUUUUUUGGCUUUUAACUGCGCCUGAGGUUUUAGAGUCGUGUCGGGUGUCCUUUUUCAAAAUAUUUUGGGUUCAUUGGGAUAGUUGAAACUGAACCGUGGUAGGCUCCGGGCCCAGGGGGGUACUCGAGAAAGUACUAUACGGUGAGAUUCCGCCCCGAGGGCUGACCCCUCACCCUUUUAUAUACCAUUUUUGACAGAAGAGGUACUCUUUCGUAUACCUUCUAUUGUCAAAUGGUACUGAUCCCUCUCACAUACCUACAAACUUUGCUUUCCUUUCAACUGCUGUAAAUACACUGUCUUUUAAAUGUGAAUAAAUUACAAGACCAUAACGUUUUCUGGACUCUUUCACAGCUACAAAAUUCAUUUGCAAGCCCUUGUGGGCCUUUUUACAGACCGAAAUAACAGAUUUCCCACCCCCUUUCAUAUAUUUCAGCUAGUGACAUUUCUGCCCUUUCAUACAUCUGGAACCUGGAAAAGGUCCCCAUUUUAGGUGGAUCCUCUACGUACGGGCCGGACAUUAUAGGGAGUACUCCCUUGGGGCUCCCAGUCGCACAGAACUUCUUUGAUUUGACUCUGUAGGACGUAAAAGAACGCUAGGGGCGUAACGAGUCCCAUGCAGUGAAGGUCCCUAGUGUACUAUUCUUAAAUGUCUUGGAUGAGUUAUAAUCUGUACAUGUGGCCUAGGGAGAGAUCAUAAUAUAAUAGCUUCAUGAUACUCCUUCGUAGUGCUGUAACUGCUGCCUAUAAACAGAAUAUGAGGUAUUGGAAAAGUGCCUUAUUUAACACUGCUGUAAUUUUCUCUUUAUUGCUAUUUAUUGUGACAUUUCAGGGAACUUCUCUUGGACAAAAAUGGCAAGCCUUAUAAAAAGGGUACUAUAAUCAAAAACGAAAAGUACGCGAUGACACUGGGUCUCUGGCCAAGAUGAUCUCUCAAGAUAUAAGAAUACGUAUCCCCCGAUACCAGGAAAGAAAGGGCCGGGUCACUGAACAAGAUCUGAGAAACUACCAGACAGUGAUCAGGGAGCCACUAGAAAGUGAACUAGCGGGGAUGAAAAUGCUCUUUACUCCUCCCCCUACAAGUGGCGCUGUACUAGGUCUCAUCUUAAAUAUACUGAAAGGUAGGUGUUCUGUUCUCUUCCCCCUCAUCAUCAUCACAGCCUUCGAGUAAACUCUCGGAGAGCUUUCUCGCUGGCUAUCAUCAUCAUCAUCAUUAUCAUGCGGGGAGCAAGGAUGGAGCAGUGGUGAGAGCACUCGCCUCCCACCAAUGUGGCCUGGGUUCAAAUUCCGGCGUCGUGCCAUAUGUGGGUUGACUUUUUGUUCGUUCUCUCCUUUGCUCCGAGAGGUUUUUCUCCAGGUACUCCGGUUGUCUCCUCUCUUCUGAAACUAACAUUUCCAAAUUCUAAUUCGAUCAGGAAUCAGGUAGACGAAGUACCACUCAGUGGAUGUGUCACCUCUAAAUCGUUACUUUUUUCAUUCGUUGAUCGUCAAUCAUCAACAACAGCAUCAUUCAGUUGCUAAAUGAAAAUGAGCCUACAGGAAGCACUGAGGAAGGGGGUUGGUGCCCGCCAACGAUAGGUUUCUUCACUGUGUAGUUGGACAGUAAAGAAACCUGCAAGGGAACAUUCAUUCAUCAGCAAGUUAAACGAGUUGCCUGAAACAAUUAUUUUACACUUAUUUAAAGUAGAAGAGCUUUAUUUUAUAGGUUACAAUAUGACUUCCUCGGCCCGUAAUGGCACAAAUGCCUCCGUGUUAACAUAUCACAGGAUCAUUGAAGCUUUCAAGUUUGGUUAUGCUUGGCGAAGUCGACUUGGUGAUCCUGCUUUUAAUAUGGAUAAGAAUAUAAGCGAGGUAAGGGAAAGAUAAUUUUUUCCACGCUUACUCCCGGUUACACCUUACACCAUGUUCGCAAAACCCACGAGACAAUGGCUGCAUGGUAACUAUGUCCAUAUUGAACUAUGUCACCUUUUAAUUCACACUUAUUCGUUGAGCGUUUUCAGCGAAAACGCAUCGAUUUGAAAACGCUCUUGAAAGCGGAUCAAAACGAAAUCGUGUAUAUAUGAUAUUAGUGUGGACGGUCGAAAACGGUCGAAAAACGCAUCAAAGUGAAAACGAUGCCAAAAUAUCGCAGGUGCGUGUGUUUGUAGAUCCCUUUGUGGCAUGCGCAUGCAAUUCUAUCGUUUACGAACGUUUUAUUCGAAAACGCAUCACAACGGUAGUGUGGACGCGAAUCGAUCGAUGCGUUUUUGAUGGCAACGAAAGUGUCGACACGGCCUGAAACUGAUAAAGAACGAACAAAUGAAAAAAAAAAAUCUAAUUUCGUACUUUUACCAAAUGAACUCAAUAACUGUUUUCAAAAAUCGAUGAACUCCUUCUGUUUUUUAAAAUAAGAAGCGAAAAGACUACUUAUUUCCCGCGAGAGGUCCGUUAGUCAAAUACCCUUCGAACAAGGGGGCGGGCCAAAGAUAACUGGCUCUGUGAAGAGCAAUUUCGUGCGACUUUGGCUGCUUUAGUUUUAAAAAAGAAGUUUUAGCGGCUGAUGCAGCAGCGAUUUUAGGCGCAAGUUCUGUUGGCAAUUUUGUUGCAAUUUUUGUAAUCUUUAUAAUGCAACAAUUUCCGGCGGCUUGUAUAAUGAACGCACUGAUCGUCUUGGCUCUGUCUUAGUUAGCUCUCGCGCAAAGAGCCUCGCCGCUGGAUUACACGCGCAAAAAUUCGCUUCUGGAAACGGAUUAAUCAGGCCUGUACAAUGCACCGCUGCCGUAACAAUCACAAUAGUUCUUGCAUCUUUUCAGCUACAUUUACAUCUUCUUUAUUCUAUUCUAUGAAUGCAACUAAAAAGUUUUGGCAAACAUUUUUCGUUAUUUGACGCAAAAAAGUGCGGGGAGGAGGGCAAGUUCCCCCAGCACCUGCCCCUGUUAAGGAUAACAUUUUUGGAACCGUUAGGAAGAAGGAAUAUCUGUUCUGAGAGUUACAGUGAUAAGGGAUAAUAAGAUCCCCCAAAAAGGGCCUCUUUUAAUCUCUAGGAAUUUUAUGUCUGAACUUUUCUCCAGUACUUUCUUUUCAGAUUGCGCAAAAGAUGAUAGAACAACAGUUGGGCGACGACUUGCGUCAAAAAAUUAAAGACAACGGAACAUACAACAACGUGUCUUAUUACGCUCGGUUCUACUCUGAUGAAGAUCAUGGCACCACACACCUGGCUGUUUUGGCCAAAAACGGUGACGCAGUUUCUGUGACAUCCAGCAUCAAUUACAGGUUUGUUCAGUGAUAGACAAAGGGGCCUAAGUCAACGUUUAUCCUGAACACCGCAUUUACUCGAGUUGACGUCGAAAAUAGUGAAGAAGUACGAAACGUUUUGCAUAUCCUGUAGGUAAAAAAAGUGAUAACAUCGCUGCCUUAAGGUAAAACAUCGGCAGUUUGCAAAUUUGAGAGGAAACUGCAGAUAUUGCAAUAAUUUCUUGAGAGCUCUAUGGCGGAAUACCUUCUUCGCUACAGGCUUGAUGAUUUAAAACCUCAUUACAAAAUUCAAUUUCUCCAAUCAGUAUUUUGAAUCGACUUUUUUGAUUCAAAAAGUCAAAUUACCGAUGACCCCACAUAAAUCCCUCUAAAAUAGGCCUGGAUCGUAAACUUUACUAUCCAAGCCAGUUUUAGAAGUAUUUGUGUGGAGUCAUCAGAGCAAAACCGUGCUUAUAUCUCCCCACCUAUUGUCACUAGCAGCCUGAUUUUUGGCAAGGGGGCUUUUUUCGUCUUUUUCUUUCUGGACAUGUGAACCAAUCCCAUAAUUUCAGAAAUUUGAAUUUUUGUGACGUCGCACUUUUCUUCUCUAUGCAAUUUAUCUGGGGCGGAUCCAGGAUUUGACGAAGGGGGGUUCGGAUAAACGCCCGCCGAAGGCGGUAGCCCCUAGGGGGGUCCGGGGGCAUGCUCCCCCGGAAAAUUUUUUAUUUUAGGGCCUCUGAAAUGCGAUUUCCAGCGUUUUCAGGGGCAAUUUGAAGUGGCUUAAUUGCUCUAAAGUCACCUCCAUUUUUGUACUAACUACAGUAGUUUAAAGGAUGGAUUUUCUUAACACUGACAAUAAUCAAGACGGAUAAACAUUUUAAAUUCAUUCAAAUUAAAAAUUCAUGAUUCCUCAAAAAUGGGAUCAGCCAGCAACAUUCUCCGGGGUUGCUGUUCUACAAAACUAUCGAUCCUACUGAGAUUUUACUUUCAUGGUGUAUUAGAGCACCUGACAACUAAUUUUCGUACAAAUUUUCGCUUCAAAAGGGUUCAUGGUUUUGUGAUAGAGUACGCUUGAAUUUCUAAGCUUUUGCGUGACGUGGCAUUUACAUGACGGCCGAGAGAGCUGUCAUGUAAGUUAAAAAGGUGACGUGUUUCGGGGAAUUUUGCUAUCUUAACAGUUCAUGUAUUAGAAAAAGUAUUACUUUAAUGUUUAUGAGUCCCUCGAGGAAAAUAUUUACGCUUUUGUACCAAAACUCGGUAACAGAUGUUUUUGUUGGUUUCCGUCCGCCAUGUUGGUUUUCAUCCAGAUGGGCACCAGCAUGGCGUCUCCAUACAAAUCUCUAUAAAUUUGGGUAAAACAUUUUUUCGGAUAUCUCGUAUACGGAAUAUUCUUCUGACCUGAAUCUUGGUGGGGGUCUUUGUGUAUUUACCUUCUUUUAUUUCCCAGAUUCCGGACUUUAUCUAUUGAACGGUCUUUAUUAUCAUUAUUAUUAUUAUUAUUAUUAUUAUUUUUGAUCAAUUUUGUAUGGCGUGGCACUGAAAACAUUAUGUAAUCAUGUUAAUGUCGCGGAUGAUGAACAUGAACAGGAAGCUUGAAAGUCACCAUACGAUGGCGCCAUUAGCUGCUCUUAUGGGUCCAUUUGCGAGCUAUCUGUAUGAGAUGUAUGAUGAGUGAAGUGAUAUAACAGGUUAACAGGUAGACCGCACAAUGCACGAGGCAAUCUCGCACUGAUGAUCUGGCGCGCCUACCAUUUGCACGAAAAUUUCGGUGGAAAAUUUCCGUCAAAUGGUACUGGUAUUUUUUUGGCACCGAAAACAGGAACGGGAUUGAGUUGUGCCAUUUACAAAAUACCUGUAAAGUUUUCCCUUUCUCUGGACAUGAAGCCUGGCACUAGUAAUCCAAACAAAUGGUACAGAAAACUUCGAUCGCCUCGAUAAAAACGGGAAAAAUGUAAUGCCUCGAAAGGUAUUACUUUUUUCCCCCGAAAGUUUCCACCGGGAUGAACCGUUCCAUUUGAAUUCUCCCUGGAAUUUCCGGAUUUUCCAUACAAAUGCAUGGUAAGCGUUCCUGGGCUACGUGCCUCAGUGGUCCAUUCGUAAUCGAUCGAAAAAGCCUGUUUUAUUUUCAAAAUGACCGGUCCGGCCAUUGUCUGGCUGGUCAGUUCUGACUUAAGACCGACACCUGUGGGACCAGAACUGAGCAUAUGUCCGUCUUAGAGACGUGUUUAUCCAAAAGAGCGUCAACUAAAGAGAGUAAUAAAACAGGGACCAACUCCAGGCGUCUGUUUUUAGUGAGGUGUCUGUCGUGAUAAGUAUGUUUCUUGAACAAGAAGCUGUGAUUUUAUCGUUUACAAGUAAUUUCUUUGCGAACACUGAGUUCCAUAGCAUUUAAGGAAGUGCAUUGGCACUAUUAACAAAAUGAAUCUAGAGUUGGUCCCUGCCUUUUCUUACUCCUUUUAGUGGACUCUCUACAAGAUGGACAUCUCUCAAAAAGGGCAGACUCCUACGGAGAGCGGGUCCCAAAGGUGUCCCUCUAAGAGAGACUAUAUAAUGACAAUUUCUAUGUAGUUUGUACACCAGGAGAGUAUUGUUGUGAGAAAAGUGUUCACGAACCUGAUGUGUAUCUUGAUAGAUUUGGAUGCAAGUUUCGAUCCAACUUCACGGGAAUUAUAUACAAUAAUCAUAUGGCAGAUUUCGAUACUCCUAACGAUACAAAGAACAAGAGUGAUGGUGUUUAUCCAUCUGAGGUUAAUUUUCCCGAGCCUGGCAAGCGGCCAUUCUCGUCCUUGCCCCCCGCAAUUCUAAAAGACAAUAACAGUGACGUACAGCUUGUAAUUGGUGCCUCUGGCGGGAAAAAGAUCACCGCGGCUGUAUCACUGGUAUGAAAAAAAAGAAUUACUAUAAAUGUUUGACGAGCCUGAAUAAACCCUCGGGGUUACUUCCUUAUAAGAGGCUACUGAGGAUGUGCCGCUGGAUGGGGUCGCUUUUUCACGACUGGAUUGACUAUAAUGGGGUUGCAUUUUCAAUGGAGUUACUAGAAUGGGGUCGCACAUUUUCGGAUUUUUGGGGUAAGAAAGUUCAGUCUUCAUAUUUACGGCUAGUAAACGUACCAGAAUGUUUGUACUGUAGGCGAAAAGUAAAGUGUUCUUCAUUCACUUUAAAAAAAUUGGUCAGUUUAUUUUAGGAUGACCUAUUUAAAGUAUUGAUAAGGUAGAAACAUAAAUAGAAAGUGAAGUUGGGAUAGCAAAAAUUACACAUUUAGCAGUUUUGACCAACAGUGACUAAGAUGGGGUCUAUUAUUGCCCGCUGAAUAGACUAUAACGGGGUAGGGGUUCUCAGAGGCCAGCGGCACUUACCCAGCAAACAUUAAUCCAAGUUCCCCCCCAUGAAAUAAACAUGUCGCUCUAUGCAAGAUACAGUAAAAACCCGAGAGCAAGAACCUGAAAAUUAAGAACCUGUUAGCCUAAAAUUUGCCAUUUAUACCCCCUACAAACAAGAAACUAUUUAUCCUAAUGAAAAACAGGUUCUUAUUGUUUGAAAUCAUAUUAGUGAAAUGAAGCUGCAAAGCUGUGUAAGAAUCCUGUUUGGAGAAUUAGGAGCUUGGCAUUGCUGUGCAAAUAAAAGUGAUAAAUUAUUGAUAUAUUAAAAAAUAAAGUGCAGGAGGUUAAUAUCAUGUAUGGCAUUUUGAAAUUGAAAAAUAGGCUGAUUACCAUCUUUUUUUGUAGCUUGUUUAUUAUUAUUAUUAUUAUUUUUUUACAGAAAUAAGAACCUAUUUAACCUAAACAGCCUAAAAUUUUGUUAACUACCAUUUAAAUAAGAACCUGUGUAAGGCUAACUCCAGAAAAUGUGAAUUCUUACUCGCUGGUUUUUACUGUAACGAAACACAGUCUUGGAUUCUGGAGUCGACGCUUUACUGAUUCUGGAUUCCAGGUACUGGAUUCUGGAUUCCUUGUAAGUGGAACGUGGAUUCUCUGUUACCUAAGCUGAAUAACAGAUCCCAAAGCCCAGGAUUGAUGAUUCCAGAAGCAAAAAUAUCCCGGAUUUUGAAAUUGUGAUUGCCCUGCACGGGGCGAAACGUACGGGAGAUUCUCGCCCAGUAAAGGCGUAUUUUUCUGGCGUGUGCACUCUCACAGUGUCUCAGUGCCUUUUCUUCAGGCCGCAAUCUUUGAUUAUGAAAACAGAGAAUAAUUGGAACGGGAUGAAAUAUAGUAGUCAGGCAUGCGUUGUGGUCUGUCAAGCGAGACCGACAGUAAAUAUAAGCUGAGGGAGUAUGCAAUAUAUAUCAGGAGCGGGGCUGAGAAUUGAGCUUCAAAGGGGAAAUUAUUAUGUCAUGACCCCCCCCACCCCCUCCUACCGUUCGCAAAAGCGGAAUUAGUUCAGUUCCCCUCUUGAUCUCUUGAUAAUUUUUUUCUACCCCUCCUCCCCCCACAACAAAUAUAAUGUAACUGUAGACGUUGAAAAGCUUGAAAACCGUCUUCGCUGUUUGUUGUCCGACAACCUUGCUUGUGCUGGAAGGUCUCUCCCGAGAAGAGUACAAGCCAGCUUGGAUAAGCUUCAUGCGAUCACAGAAAACAUAACUAAACAUGAUGACAGCAUAUUUACGGAGGGUGGCAAACCUAAGAUAGGCCUAAAUUGCCUUCACAAUUUCAACAAUGAGAAACGACAUUAUAUCAAGUCUGGCGUUGAAAAGGAUGUGUUAUGUCUUGUUGAGGACUUGGACAAAGUGAUGGCUAAAUAUAACGCGAAUAUGAAAUUGGCGCCAGGGCCACAACAUCUGAAGCAAGGAAAAGGAAAAAGCAGAGAAAAAAAGGGAAAAAGAGGAAGCUCGCAGCUUGUGAAAAUAGAAGAAAAAGAGCAUGCCGCGUUUUCUGUUCCCUGGGAGGAGCCCCCCUUGCUAAUGGUAUUGGUAUUCUGCAAUGCUUGAUGCUUGCUGAAUCUUUCCAACCCGAAAACGUCCCAUUCUUUCCUCAACGCAUCUUCCGCCAUAUUUGCGGCGUUUGCGCGAGAUCCACAGAAAAACUCGCACGUGACGUCUUCGAAUAUGCAAGGUGAAUUGUGAUUGGUCACUAACAGCUGACGUCACGGAAAUUUUUUCUCGGCGGGUGAAAUUAGAAACUAAAGCCAAAAAAACAGAUGCUCUCACAGGCUACUCUAAAGCAGGGUAGCGAAAUAAACUAUUUUGUUUCAAACAGGGUCAGGGCUUGAAGGCAGUAGACCUCUACCAAAACUUUCCUUGAGUGCCCUCUUUCCUAAGAGCGCUCGGACACGAUGUAGUGGUGGCAAGUGACACUGCUUUCGCUGUGGUAAAAGCUGUGUACCGAAAACCUGGAGAAGGCAUUUAUGCAAAGUCUGACCCAAGAAAAUUUGGAGCUCCGUCGGGAGGCUAA